CAAAGCCCAAGUCAAGAUCCUGGAAUGAAGAGUCUUCUGCCUCUAUUUUUGUUCUCCCUAACAUUUUCUUCUGCAUUUCCUGCAGACCGAAGGAUGAAAAAUGAAGAAAAUAUGCAUCUGGCUCAGGCAUAUCUCAACCAGUUCUACUCUCUUGAAAUAGAAGGGAGUCAUCUUGUUCAAAGCAAGAACAGGAGUCUCAUAGAAGGCAAAAUUCGGGAAAUGCAAGCAUUUUUUGGAUUGACAGUGACUGGAGAAUUGGAUUCAAACACUCUUGAGAUCAUGAAGACCCCCAGGUGUGGGGUGCCCGAUGUGGGUCAGUAUGGCUACACUCUCCCUGGGUGGAGGAAACACAACAUCACAUACAGAAUAAUGAACUACACUCCAGAUAUGGCACAAGCUGAUGUGGAUGAUGCUAUCCAAAAAGCACUGGAAGUGUGGAGCAAGGUGACUCCACUAAUAUUCACCAGGAUUUCCACGGGGAUUGCAGAUAUCAUGAUUGCUUUUAGGACGUGAGUCCAUGGCCGAUGUCCUCGCCAUUUUGAUGGUCCCUGGGGAGUCCUUGGCCACGCCUUUCCACCUGGUCUUGGUCUGGGGGGUGACACUCACUUUGAUGAGGAUGAGAACUGGACCAAGGAUGCAGCAGGAUUCAAUUUAUUUCUUGUGGCUGCUCAUGAAUUUGGCCAUUCACUAGGGCUCUCUCACUCCAAUGAUCAAAGAGCCUUGAUGUUCCCGAAUUUUGUCUCCCUGGAUCCUAGCAAAUAUCCUCUUUCUCAGGAUGAUAUCAAUGCAAUCCAAUCCAUCUAUGGAGGUCCACCUAAGGUACCUGCUAAGCCAAAGGGACCCACUGUACCCCAUGCCUGUGACACGGAAUUGACUUUUGAUGCUAUUACCAGUUUCCGCAGAGAAGUAAUGUUCUUUAAAGGCAGGAACCUCUGGAGGAUCUAUUAUGAUAUUGCUGAUGUUGAAUUUGAAUUAAUUGCUUCAUUCUGGCCAUCUCUGCCAGCUGAUCUUCAAGCUGCAUAUGAAAAUCCUAAAGACAGAAUUCUAGUUUUUAAAGAUGAAAACUUCUGGAUGAUCAGAGGAUAUGCUGUCCUGCCAGAUUACCCCAAAUCCAUCCAUACGCUCGGCUUCCCGAGACACGUGAAGAAAAUUGAUGCAGCAGUCUGUGACCAAAACACAAGGAAAACGUACUUCUUUGUGGACAUUUGGUGCUGGAGGUAUGAUGAGAUGACCCAAACCAUGGACAGAGGAUAUCCACAGAGGGUGGUAAAACACUUUCCAGGAAUUGGUCUCCGCAUUGAUGCUGCUUUCCAGCAUAAAGGGUGCUGCCCCCUGCAGGCUGAUCCAGAUCUCAGCAUCGUCCCAAGGGAGGCCCUGAGAAGUCGGGCGUUUCUCCCUUCCCUCCUUUGCAGCAUCAGUAGUGGAGCUGUGUCUCUUCAGUACUGCAGCCCCCACCACAACCAGUGUGGUUCCUGCUGCUGCCAGGGCCGGUGGAGCCCUACAGCUUCUAACAUCUGGAUUGCUCCAGUAUCCCCUGGACGACUUUUCAGCCUCUUCCAUCACACGUGGGCUGCUUGGUACGAAAGACAAAGACACAGACGUACUCAGCCUUCCCCAGUGAGGGUUUCGCUCAUUGAAGCUGCAGAUGAGUCCCUGGGAGCUUGCUACCGAGUGUGUUUCCUCACUUUGCCACUAGAUGGCAACCGCCUCCCAGAGAAGUUGAACUCUGAAGCCGCGAAACCGCCAAUGCUUCCCCAAGGCUGCCUUUCACAGUGUCACUCUACCACUCAGACCUAUAGCCACACCAAGCAACAAACGCCCCUCUAA